UUAUCUGGUGGGAAAUUCACAGCAUUCACUUAUAAAUCUUAGUAAUGACGAACGGUAACACACAAAACAGAAAAAUGCGAUCCUACCAACACAUCAUCUUUUUCAUAAGCCUAGCCAUCACUACAAUCAAAGCACAAACAGGAGGAACCACACCUGACGGUGACUCCUACGUGUGCGUACCUCCGGGAUUUUGCAACAACGGUGGUACCCCAACAACUCCAGGGAUCGAUCCCCGGAUUGUUACACCCGGAGAACUUUGCCCGAGUGGAACAAUCCCAUGUUACACUCAAGGGCCAUCGAGCCGAUGUGGCGAAAGGUUCGUUUCUCCUGUCUCAACAGCCGAUGGGCAAGCAACUCCAGGCGGUCACCCAUGGCAAGCUUACCUACGAAAUUCCACCCAUCCACAAUAUGCGGGCAGUGGUGUUCUAAUCGACAAUUACCACGUUCUUACAGCAGCACACAAAGUCUACGGAGACCAAAAUAAUCCCGCGAAUGUUAUUAUAAGUAUGGGUGUGCACAAUCCCAGUGAUUUAACGUCGCCCAAUGUUCAGACUCGAACAGCUUCCGCGAUAAGAGUUCAUCCAAAUUACGACCCCCAGCAUUUGAUCAACGACAUUGCAAUAGUCAGAGUGUCUUCCCCAUUUUCUCUAAGUCAAAACAAUAUCAACUCUGCUUGUCUUCCGACAGCUGGCGCAUCAUACACCGGUCAAACAUGUGUUGUGGCUGGAUGGGGCGAAACAAAUUUUGGCGUCCAAGACCAUCCAACUAAUCCCAUGAAACAAGUCAACCUAUCACCUGUUGAUAUUGCCACUUGUCGCGCAGGAUUAUUGCCAGUUUUGCCAACAGUUGACACGUAUCUGGAUAUGACCGGAGGAGAAAUUUGCGCGGGAGGCGAAUCAAUGAAGGAUGCGUGCACGUACGACGGAGGAGCACCUCUCACAUGUCCCAACACUGGGAAAGGCAACAUUGCUGGCUUGGUCAUUUGGGGGAAAAGUUGCGGGCAACCGAGUGUCUAUGGAGUCUACGUAAGCGUGCCAUUUUAUAGGGCAUGGAUCGACAGCACCAUAACACAGCUGAAUAAUUCGUAAUCAAGCGAUACUAUUUAUAUAAUAUUUAUUUGUGAAAAGUGGACUGAAUAAAUCAACUAAAUUCUUUA